AAAUGGUCGCAAUCGAAGGGAGGACUCUGCAGUACAUCGCACUUUCAGCAGGUUCUCUAAGUGCUCUCUCUUGCGGUUUCCACCUCGGAUGGCCGGGUCCUUAUCUGCAACAGUUGGUCGAGGAGGACUCCGCGUUUCCGGUAACUGACAGCGAAGGUUCCUGGAUUGCGAUAUCGUUCCUGAUUGGCGCCUUCUGCGGGUCCGGUUUGUGCGUUGCGCUUCUGGACUGGGCCGGUCGGAGAAGACUCGUCAUAUUCACCAAUUUUCCAUUUGUCGCGUCUUGGUUGAUGGUGGCGUUUGCGGGAAGCUGGUGGGAGCUGUGCGCGGCUCGGUUUGUGGCGGGACUGUCCGACGGUAUGGUUUUUUGUGCGGUACCCCUGUACUUCAGCGAAGUGGCCGAUGCUAAAGUUAGGGGUCUCUUCGUGUCGGGUUUGAUAGUGAUGCACCUGACGGGCGUUCUUUUUAUGGCAGUAGUGGGGUCGUUCUUGCCAAUGAAGAGUGUCGCUUUAUUCUGCGUCUCAGUCCCGCUGAUUGUGUUCCUUACAUUUCUGUGGUUGCCCGAAACUCCUCACUAUUACGUGGUACGAGGCGACCUGGAGAAUGCCAGGCGAAGUCUGAGAAAACUAACCGCUAAGGUUGAUGUGGAGCCGGAGAUUGGUCACAUUUUGGAAACCAUGGACGACUGCGACGGUUCCAAAGGUAAAUUGCUAAAUUUUAUUAGCAACGGAAACAGUCGACGUGGCAUUGUCAUUCUGUUGCUGAUACGUACAGUGCAACAAUUCAGUGGUUACGUCGCCUUCGUGUUUUACCUGCCAGCCAUUCUUACGGAAGCCAGUGAUUUUGUUUCUCCAGUCAUAUCCACCUCUAUUUAUUACACCUUGCAAAUGACGUUUGCCCUAAUUUCGAUGGUAACCAUUGAUAGGGUUGGUCGAAAACCAAUUCUAGUUUUCUCAGUUGCUAGCGUAACCCUUUCACUGUCAGUGGUGGGGGUGUAUUUUUUGGUUCAAGGUUAUGGCUACGUUAACCUAAAGGAUUACUCCUGGAUACCGCUCUUGGGACUUUUCCUGUUCAUUAGCGGUUACAGUUCCGGGCUGCAUUCUAUACCCGUGCUGCUCGUGGGGGAGAUAUUUCCAAUUGGAGUAAAAGUGCUAGCAAUCACUCUAUUCGAUAUGUACUAUAGCAUAGUUUCGAGCAUUGCGUCGAAAUUUUUCCAGUACACCAAGGACGAGUUUGGGAUGUACGUUCCCUUUUUAACAUUUGCCUGUUGUUGCGCUUGUGGUUUACCGUUUAUCGUGCAUUUUCUACCCGAAACCAAAAACAAAACGCUUGAAGAAAUUCAAAUUGAGGGGAAACUAAAGAUAAAAGCAUGA